AUGACUACUGAUAUUUCAAAGAAGGAACUUAACUCGGGUUAUUCGAUGCCCGUCAUCGGCCUAGGCACAUGGCUAUCUAAACCUGGUGAGGUGUCUAAGGCUGUUGAAGUAGCUGUUAAAACUGGUUAUAGACAUAUCGAUUGUGCCUAUGCAUAUUUGAAUCAAAAAGAAGUGGGUAAUGCGUUAAGCCGAUUGUUUGACGAAAAAAUUGUUCAGCGAGAUGAAAUUUUUGUGACCUCAAAAGUAUGGAACACGUUCCAUUCAUAUGAAAUGGCCAAAAAGAACGUCGAUGAAAUUCUGGAAGAGCUGCAAUUGAAAUAUCUCGACUUGUGUCUGGUGCACUGGCCACAUGGUUACGAAGAAGGUGGUGAAGUCUUCCCGCAGAAUGAGAACGGUAAGAUGCGAUACUCAAAUGUGGACUAUCUGGAAACAUGGAAGGCGUUAGAGGAUUGCCACCGAGCUGGCAAAAUUCGCUCGCUGGGAAUUUCGAACUUCAAUCAUAAACAAAUCGAACGAAUUCUCGAGGAAUGCACCGUGAAGCCAUGCGUGCUUCAGGUUGAGUUGCAUCCCUAUUUUCAACAACAUCAAUUGAGGGAAUUUUGUGCAUCCAAAGGUAUCGCUAUAACUGCGUACAGUCCUCUCGGCAACCCAUCAAUGCCGUUUCGCAAGCAAAACGAUGCAGUAGCACUCGAAGAUGCUACGGUUAAGCAGAUUGCACAAAAAUAUAACAAAUCUCCAGCGCAGGUAAUUCUUCGAUGGGAAAUUUCAAGUGGUUUAAUCGUAAUCCCAAAAUCAACAUCCGAGAAACGAAUCGCCGAAAACUUUCAACUAUUCGACUUUGAGCUGAACGAUGAAGAAAUGAAACAAAUGAAUGGUUUAGAUCGUAACUGGAGAAUUUUAGAUUUAACAUCUCGAGACGGUGACCAUCCACUUUUUCCAUUCAAUGAGCCAUACUAG